AUGGUUGAACCAACUCCAAGCGAUCUAGAAGCAUUGGUGGACGAGGCCAUUGCACUGCCGGACGGAGUGAUCAACUGUACCGAAUUGAACCGACUGCUAAAGUACUUGGUCGAAGGUAUGUGCAAGAUUUCACAAGAAAUUGAUGACGCUCGAACAACAAACGAUGAUCGGUUUCAACUCCUCGAGGAUGCUAUUGCCGAUUUGAAGGAACCGGAAGAACCAGACGAGGAGGCUCAAGAGCAACCGACAGUAAUACAAUGUGGUGUGGCUGUUGUCUGUGACCCUGAAGAAGAAGACACUUCUUCUCAGGCGAGGGAAACCGCCCCGAAAGAAGUCACCUCCGAAGCUCUUCUAGAGGAAAUCGAUGCACAAGCGUCUCAAUUCCGAGAGCAAGAAACUAAACUGCUCGCUGUGAUUGGCGAUCUUGAACAGCGGCUGGAGAAAAUAGAACAGCUAUUCUACCAAAAGCUCGAACGAUUAUCGAACGAAUUCCAACAGUUCCAACAGGUUGUGGAGAGCAAGCAGACCAGCGUGGAGGAAGCAACCUCAACCCCAUCCAUGCAGCAAACCACGUGCACGGCGGACCAAAUCGACAAGCUAUCCGAGUUUACCGACAAACUGGAUGAACUGCAACGACAGAUGGAGCUGCUCUUAAGUCAUCGCGAUCAACUGCCACUGCGAAUCGAAGCUCUACUCGAGGAAAAGCUACGAGAAGGCGAACUUAUAACUAGCAGCAAAAAAAGUCUCCAGACUGAUGGUGGUGUCAGCUCACGGAAAGGUUCCGUUACUCCCUCGAGAUCCUGCUCUCAAGGUCGCAUAGCAGAAUCGGCCGGCACGACCCAACCAGCGAGUGAAAAUUUGAGCUGCCUUUCCUGUGACACAAAGAACGUUGUGCAGCGGAAGCGCGAUGAGCGCUAUCUAGCACCGCGCACCAGCGCCAAGCUGGCAAUGAUCGCCCGAAGGUUGGAAGAAUCGGACGCUGUACCUCGGCUGAAACCGGGCGCUCGCUGGUCGCGUACCUGUGGCGGUUCCUACACGGUCGUAAAGCCGGACGAACGUGUCUUCCGGCAGGUGAAUGUACAGUUCAAUCGAACGAUGCAAGGAGAAAGUUCGGCAAACGACAGCUAGGAAGAGAAGUAGGCGCAGAAUCAAACACACAAGCAAGAACAAUCGAAGCAUUCAUUUGAAAAGCAAAAGUCGCUCGUUUAACAACUCACAAGCAUUUGUAAAUUUCUCUCCAUCCGCUCCAAAUUAAAGUAAAAAAAGGGUUUAAAAUUCGUACAAAUGGCAUCGUUUGUUCCAAAACUGAAACCACUGAAACGGAAAAGUUGCUGCUGCCUGAUACCAAGAGAGGAGGAUGCUGGGGGACUGGGUGGUGGUCGAUAUACAGGCGGCAUUCACACGGUGACGCACCCCGAGGAACGUGUGUUUCGCGAUAUACGUUACACGGGAACGAAGCCGAGGUCACAAUCGUGUGGAACAACGAAACUGAAGCAACUGAUUAAACAACGUCCAAGUAAUUGAAGCCCAACGAUUGGUAAGAUGAUCUCAGUCCUAUCUGAAAAACCUGGAGAAGAAAUAGGCAUCCAUUCGAGAGGGGUUCAGACAUGCUUUUGUAUAUUAAAUUGAUCGUAGCUUAGAAAUUUUAGCAUUUCAAGAAUGUCCUAACAGAGUCUUUAUAUUAUUGAGGAUGGAAUAAAUUGACUUCAAAUCGUUGGAAUCAAAAUUUAA